AAAUACUAAAAUAAUCAACUUAUCAAGUAUUUCUUGUCGACAGAAGUAAAUUGUUGGUAAAUGCUAAAUGGUUAAUGAUUAUUGGUUUUUAAAAAGACAUGGACGACACAGAAAGCACCACAACAUCCGCUGAUGAGAAUACCGGCAACUUGUGUGAUAAUCCAACAAGGGAUACUCUAGCAGAGGGUUUGUUAGGUUUACUGAAGCCUACUGUAGACCAACUUGACGAAAGAGUUAGAGCUACAAGGAUAUCACAAUUAGAGUUGAAGCAACAGAUUGACUUGUUGAAUGCAGAGCUCCAGAAAGUGCGGGAAGCAUUGAACACUCACCCUGAUCUAGAUCCUUAUGUCAAGAAACUGAUUGCCUGUAAACAUAAAGUCACUGUGGUACUUAAUGUUUUACAAGCUUCGCAGGAUAGACUGAAUGAUAUAAGACGUAUGAUUCAAAAAGAAAAAACAGUCCAAACAGUACCCGACGCAACACCCCAGGAACCUGAACAAAGUACAAGUAGUAUAGCACCAGACCACGGAAGCAUUAAUUAAUAUACAG